ACCGUUACAGGCUGCGAAGUGAAAUCCCGAAAGACCAGUUGUCGGCGAGCCAGUCUCGCCCGUAUAAAACGCAAGCCGGUUUGCGCGGGCGUCUCUCUCCUUAGCGCUGCGCACGUCCGCGGGAGAGCGAGUGUGACGCAGAUACCGCUAGCCGACGGCCGGCGAACAACGGCUUCGACCGCAACUAGCCUCCGGCGAGAGCGGCCACGUUGCUGCCUACCAGCUUUCUUCGCGCGUAUCCGGGAAACAUGGCGUCGACCUGACCGGCCGGCGUUCCGCCCCGCGUUUUCAUCGCACGUAGAGACGAGAGAAGAAGACCCCUGUGUCUGCAGUGAGAGUGAGUGAAGUGACGAGGUAUUGUGCAAGUGACACGACAUUCGUCGCUUAUCGGUCUCCGAGUGCGCGCCUGCAGGAUUCUUCGCGCUCCCAUCUCGCUCAUCGUCGCGCGCUUUUGAAGGGCGCGGGGAGGCGACACAGCCGUAACCUUGCCAGACGGUGUUCUUGAGAGUAAAAGGAUUGCAUCGCUCUUCUUUCUUCUCUGCUCCGAAAACCGUCCCGGGACCAAACAACGGCCGGAUAAUGCACGUCAGGUGGGCCCUGGUGGCGAUGGCUGCCGCGGUGCUGUCGGCGCCAGGCAUGGCUGAAGACCUGGCGCGAGUGCAACGCCAGUCAAGGCCGCCGCAAGAUCCUUCGCACGACCCCAACUACAGCGUGUUCGUGCGGGCGCUGCCGCCUAACGCAAACCCUCCUGCAGGGCCCCAGCCACCCAACAGCCCGAUCCGGUUCGCGAACGACUUCGCCCAACCUGCGCAGCAGUCCCCGCCACCGCCUCAGUUCUCAGUGCGCAAUCAACCCCAGCACCAAUUCCAGCAACAGCUACCACAGCAACAGCCGCAGCAGCAUCCUCAGCAGCCGCAGCAGCAGCAGCAGCUGCUGCAAUUCCAGUUCAACCGCCAGCAGCAACCACAACAACAGCCGCUGUCCCCGCAACAACUUUUGCUUCAGCAGCAAUACCAGCAACAGCAGCAACAACAGCAGCAACAACAGUUUAGGCAGUUCCAGCAACAGAACCCGCAACACCAGCCACAAAUAUCAAUUCAACAGCCGCAACAACAGUUUCAGCAGCAGCAUGUGUUCAACAAUCAACAACAGCACCGUCAGCAACAGCCGCCCCCGCAGCAGCAGUUUAUCAAUUCGCAGCAGCAACAGCAGCAGUUUCCUCAGCAGCAUCAGCAACAGGUUCCUCAACAGCGCCAGCAGUUUAGCUUUUCCGACGGAAACCAGCAGGCCAACGUAGCCUUCGCGUUCCCGCAACAAGCAGCCGUUACGCCAUCGACUACACCGCAGCCACCUCCGGCGUUUCAGUCGUUUCCUAGACACUCGUUCUCAGUGUCCUCAUCUUCGUCAUCUGAGGAUGCACUGAGACAAGGUAAGAUCGUCGGUUCUAUUCAGCCACCAGCUCAGGUGAUCCAGAAGUCACCGGCCUCCGAAAUAGAGUCGAGCAAACAAGCUGAAGCCAAAGACAAGGCUGCCAAAGGCAAAGACAAAGACAAAGAUGAGUACGUGGUUUACUACUACUACUACUACGAUGACGACAACAAGAAGAACAAUCUGUCUCUGAAUUUCGACGACGUUCCCAGUCUUGAAGGUUUCGACAAGACCGACGGCUCUAAGCUGAAGGGUAAGAGUUCCACUCAAAGGCUGGCUUCGCCUAACCCGCAGAACAGGUUUGAGCCCAAGACAGUUACGACGAGCCCUCCAUCAGGGCAGCAACCAGCGCCACCUCCUGCUUUCCCUCUGGAACAAGGUGUCACGACCGCUCCACAGACUGUCACCCAAGUCUCAGUGUCAGUGUCUGUCUCCGAAGGAACACACGCCUUGCUUCCAAGUCAACCGUUUGAGGCCAAGCGUCCGCCACUUGCGGGCCCACCGAGCUUAGAGUUCACAGGAGCGAAGUUGGUGCCGGAUCCCGGUGUCCUGCUCGGUCCUGCACCUGACGUGCGCGGACUUGUCACACCUCAGGGUUCGUCCGUGUCCACGGUGCCACCGUCAACGGACACGCACGUAGUUAACGAGAUCAGUGGCAGGAAAGGAGCCGACCUUUUAACUACAUCUGCUGAGACUACUACUCCGACAACAACCACCUCGACAACGGAGCCACCAACAACACUGGCUCCAACGACAACCACAACUGAGGAGCCAACGACCACGACUGAGAAGACGAAGAGGCCUUUCGGCAACCGGAGGCGGUUCGGAGGAGCGCACGGGGCCGGUCCUCACAUUAGAGGGCCCGGUUCUCGCAAGUCUCACACUACUUCCACAACGACGACGCCGGCUACAUCAUCCACGCGGAGACUGCUCGGAGGACUGCGACGCAACCGACCGACGCCACGAUCACCAUCUAGCAGGCUCCAGUUCGGCCGGCGUCCUUCGCCAAUCCACUCGAGGCACCAGAAGGAGGAAGAGCCCGAGGAAGAGGAGGGCGCGUCGUCCCCAGCGGACGCAGAGCCAACAACCACCACUGCUGCAUCUACAAGCAAUGGCAAGAAGCGCUUCGGUGGUGGCAGUCGCUUCGGUGGAAAGUCUUCGAGGACGAGGGGUUCUAGCACGGCGACGGCGUCUUCGACAACGGCGGCACCGAAAAGGCCGGUAGCCCGGCCCAGUUCGGGAGCCCUGUUCGGACGCACCAACCGCGGUUCCAGGCCCCGCACGCCGUUCACCCGCCACCGCCCUGGUCACAAGAAGGUCGAAGAGGAAGAGAAGCCAGAAGAGAACGAGGAGUCUUCGCCAGCGACCACGCCAGAGAACAAGGAAGAGGCUUCGGCAGCAUCCACGGAGACGGCCUCCAAGCACGAGGAAACAGCGGCAGCUGCGUCCGAGUCGGAGGCCACGUCUGAAGAUAGCCACGCCACGGAGGCGCCCGCCGUCACUCCAGAAAGCAAGCCGGCACACGGCAGGAAUCGCUUCGGGUCCAGACCACGACCCCCGCUUUUCGGAGGCCGGCCGCGACCAACCUUGGGACGAUGAGUGGUGAACCGUGAAAUGCGCACGUGAGAUCACGAGAACACAUGUCGUGAGACUCUCCGCUCUAUUCACGCGCAGUGGCCGUGUCAAUGGUGCGAUGCUGCGGUUACACAGAACGCGGUCGAUCAGCUCACACCAAGUCGCCAGCAAACUAGUGUCGUAUAAUUUUUCUUCUAACGUCGCCCCUUUGACAAGGCCGCAGUUCCGGAGCAUCUGUCAUGUCCCCCAAGUGCUACGGAUCGCGAUCAGUGGUCGGGCAAUGCGUGAAGGCAAUGCAUCUGUCGUGUCGUCUCAGUCCAUCCGUAAAAGUCGUUCGGAAGAGCCCGAAUUCCUGUUCGCAUUAUCAAAGAAGCGAUCGGGGCAAUACGCCUGAACAAGUCCAGGAGCUAAAACACAUAAGUAACAAGAGAGUGUGCAGGCACAAGGGAGGCCCAGAAUUUGCUGUAUGCUUCAGAAACACGUAGCUGUUAACAGUCGAGUGUAUUCGUUCCGGGGAAGUAACAAAAAUAUUAUGCAAGUUUUCUCAACGCUCUCUAUAAGAUGGACUCACUAUAGGGGCGUCGCAUCAGAACGUAUGUCUCACAGCUUCCACCACCGAAACACGAUGGCAGCGAAAGGAGAUGAUGCUGAGUGCAUUUUUUUUCUUAAAAAGAACUUUCAAAUAGCCCGAAAGUGAACAUUCUUUUCCAACCUAAAAAUAUUCGAGAGAGAGACAAGCGAUUUAGGAGGCUCUGCUUUAAUGUUCUGCACCACCGCUGCCCGAAGCUUUUCUCAUCUUAAAGUUUCUCGGAGUAAUGUACAAUUUUUCAAAAUAUAGACCUCGCCAAGGUACGUGCGGCACUAAGCUGCAGCGCACUCGUAAGUGCACUGCAUACCCUGUAAAUAUUACUGCAUGCUGUGCACUGCUCUGCACUUAAGCCGUUGAUAACGCUCACGUAUAUGUCGUAUUGGCCGCGAAGCACGUGAUGCAAGUGGCUCUCAGCGCAGUGGCCUAGCAACGACAAUCGAAAGCGUUGUUCGUUCGUUUCAGUGCCAUGUUGAGACACACUUCCAUUAGAUAUACCCUUGACGACGGUUUAACUGCAACGGUGACGACGCCGCUGGUUUCUGUUAGAAGUCUCAAAUGGUUUCUACCAGUGGGAAAAACAAACAAAAAACGCGUCGCGUUACACGUGUGCGCUGACGUCAGCGGAAGAAAGCGGCCAACAUUCUACGUAUGACUGUACGAGUGCUUUGAUUGUUGUAUGUUAUUUUUUUUCGCAAGAGGAUUUCAUAAAGUGUUAUUUCGCUUACAGCU